AUGAAUAUUUGGCGGGGUCCUUUGGCUGUGGUGGGCAAGGGUCGCAAGUGCCCCUCGCCCCCGAUCUCGCCCCACCAGUUUUUUCCCGUUUCCCAGACAGAGCGUCCUUCACGUCCGGGUGCGCGAGUACUACCGUAUUUGGAUGAUUUCCUAAUCAUGUUUACGUCCGAGGAGCAAGCAUGUUUUUGCGCGCGCUGGGUGCGUGAGAGUAUCGAGUUUUGGGGUUUGUCAUGUCAUCCCACCAAAUGCCAGUGGGAGCCGUCGCAGUCAGUGUAUCACUUAGGCAUUACUGUCAAUACGGCAGCUGGUGUGUUUGAGGUGCCUAAGCAAAAGCUCGCAAAAUUGUGGUGGCUGGCGAUUUGGUUGCGGAUCACGGCAAAGCGUCUGGUGCAGAAGUGCGAGCUGGCUAAGUUUUGUAGUUUUGCACAGAGCAUCAAAUUGGCCCUUACUCCAGCUCUCUUAUUUCUCCGCAAUUGUUACGAUGAUGUGAAGCAACCGGCUCCAUCUCCCAAGGACUCUCGUUGUUGCAAUUACCUUUACAUUAACAAGGCUCACAAGCAUCCUAAGUAUUGGUACUGGUACUAUAUUGGUAUCAUCGCCACCGAACACACUGCCUCUCCGCGUAUAACCGAUUAUUGUAGUUAUACCAGUUAACAUCCAACCAGUAAACUCGUUAUUAUACGCAGUUAUAACAACGGAAGGAGUUGACGGCCUUCACCCGGGGGGGGUGAAAGAGGGGCUUUCCCCCCCCCUCAACCCCCCGGGUAGCCAAGCACACACAUACACACACAAACCGCCCUCGCGUCUCAGUUUUGUUAAGAUAGACGAAAAGAAAU